CGGGGAAUGGAAUCGGUCGGCCGCAGCGAGACUCAGCGGACUCGAUAACGCGCGUAGAAUGUGGAAUACGGCAUAUCGUGUUAUUGAACGAUAACUGCAAGUUAUUAGGGUCGAUUGACGAGUAACUCGACGUAAGGAGCGCGUAAAACGCUCUCCCCGUGUGCGUGCGCUUACAAAGCCGUGCGUCUCCUCUCGGCUUGAUCGUUACUCUCGCGAUUGAGCGUUGCACGGGGCGACCUUACGUAUGUAAAUUACUCCCAGUACAAAUGUCGCCUGGCAGAUUCGCUCUCAUACGUAAGCACUCGACUCGCUCCAUUAACGCUCGAGCCCUGGUUCGGGCGCGCGUAAUCUGCCCGGCUUCCUCGACUUCGACGCGCGUUUAACGUCCAGUCCGUUAUCCCUUGGCGUCAGAUAAAAUCUUGCGCGACGCUAAGGGCACAAGUUGCUUUUGUGAUUCGUGGGUCAGGAGUUGGGGAUUAAGCAAUUGUAUCGCACGCAAGAAGAAGAUGCGAAGCAGUAAUAGCUUCAAUCAAUUCAAUGAUGAUGAUUUCUUUAGCGGCGGACCGUGUCCGUCGUGUAGAUUGGCCAUCAAUAAAGAAACUGGUAGACUCAAAUGGUGUACUGGUGGAAGUGAGGCACGGCGUUUUCGAGUGAAACUGAUGCUCCUAAUACCCGCCGUAUUAUUGCCGAUUACUAUAGUGUUGAUUGCUUUAUCGCGAUAUCAAGCUACAUCCAAAGUCUCGGUUUCGCGCAUAUUUUCCACCUACAAUGUGCAGGAGCAGGAUCAGCAGAACGUAGAGAAUGACAUUUUCUGGAUUACUAGUCGCAGUAACGUAGAGCACACGACGGAGGAAAUCGAAGACGAGGAUCGAGUUAUAGUUUCCGACAUGAAAACUAGUUUUGUGCCCGUAGAUCUGCAUCCACCGCCUCGACCGCCCCAGCGACGCAAAAGGGACAUCGACAGGGUGAAGAACGGUGACACGAUCGCGGGUAAUAACACGCGGGAUCUUGAUGAGGAACUAGAUAAUUUCGUAGGCGACUACUAUCCAGAAGUAGAAGUUGAUGAUAAUUACGAGAGCAGCGAGACGAAGGACUAUUAUUACUCCGAAAAGGAAGGAGAAGCAACGUCGUUUAACGAUAAAUACGAAGACGUAGUCGUCGAGAAACGGCUGAAGGAGGAAUCAGCGGGAACUCGAGAGGGUGACGCGUUUUCCAUUUUCAUCAAUAACACGGAAGCGUGGUUGUCAAUAGCUGCUGAAGGCGACACGAUCGAUGAUGACGAAAUGCCUGACUUUCAUACGUUCUGGAAAGGCGAGGGAAAUGUUAGGAGCAUCAGAGAAGCACGAGCUCGAAUAAUGUUGAAGUAUAUGGAUAAGAGUGCAGAUCCAUGCCAAGAUUUCUACCAGUACGCCUGUGGCAACUGGGCGAAGCGCAAUCCGAUUCCGAAGGACAAAGCUGGUUACGACACCUUCGAGAUGCUCAGGGAGUCGCUGGAUUCCGUACUGAGAGAAUUGCUGGAGGAUCCCAUCCCGAGCAAGCUGGACGCCGAUGACGCUACGGUGAAGGCAAAAUAUUUGUUUCAGAGCUGCAUGAAUUACGAGAUCUUGGAGCAACGUAUGGAACGACCACUUAUCCAGCUUCUCGACGAGCUUGGCGGCUGGCCGAUUCUCAGGCCUGAUUGGGAUCCCGAUGGAUUCGACUGGCUUCUGCUGACCGCGCAGCUCCGAUUGUACAGUAACGACGUAUUAAUCUCGGAAUGGGUCGGCCCGGAUAUCAAGAACAGCAACGAGUACGUGAUACAGUUUGAUCAGACCUCGCUCGGGCUUCCCACAAGAGACUACUUCCUCCAAUCGGCCAACGCGGUUUACUUGGAGGCCUACAAGGACUACUUGAUAAAGAUCGCGACUUUGCUCGGUGCGUCUUUGCACAAUGCGACCGUGCAUGCUGAAGAGCUGAUCGAGUUCGAGACGCAGCUCGCGACGAUUACAUCGUCGUCCGACGAGAGACGAAACUUUUCGGAGCUGUAUCAGCGAAUGAGCGUGGGCGAGCUGAGAACACUCGUGCCGCAAGUCGAUUGGCGACGUUACUUAUCAAUCGUCCAGGCGCGGCCGGUGAACUUCUCCGAGCCGGUUGUCGUCUUCGCACUACAGUACAUCCAGAAUUUAGUUGUUCUACUGUCGAAGACGCAACCCAGAACAGUGGCGAAUUAUCUUUUAUGGAGAUUCGUGCGGCACAGAGUAAAUAACCUGGACGAUCGUUUCCAGGAGGUGAAGCAAAAAUUUUACUACAUUCUCUUCGGUAGGGAGCAGGCGCCGUCGAGAUGGAAAAAUUGCGUAACCCAGGUCAAUUCUAACAUGGGUAUGGCGGUUGGUUCGAUGUUUGUUAAAAAGUAUUUCGACGAGAACAGUAAGAACGACACAUUGUCGAUGACCCAAGAGAUACAGCGAUCGUUCAGGGAGCUUCUGAACAAAACCAGCUGGAUCGACGACGAAACGAAGAGCCUGGCGACUGAGAAGGUAAACGCCAUGUCGCUGAGGAUCGGUUAUCCGGAUUUCAUCCUGCAGCCGCAUCUGUUGAAUGAGCGCUACAAAGACGUUGUGAUCCAACCGGACAGAUACUUCGAGAACACUUUGAAUAUCCUGCAACACUUGACGAGAGUUGAACAGGACCGACUGGGCAACACGGUGAACAAGACCUUGUGGAACACCGCCCCGGCAGUCGUGAACGCUUAUUACAGCCGCAACAAAAAUCAGAUAAUGUUUCCAGCCGGCAUCCUCCAGCCCCCGUUCUAUCACCGAUUCUUCCCGCGGAGCUUGAAUUACGGUGGAAUAGGCGUCGUGAUCGGACACGAGAUCACUCACGGGUUCGACGACAAGGGUAGGCUGUUCGACAAGGACGGUAAUCUCCACAGGUGGUGGAAGGACGAGGCGAUCGACGGUUUCCAUCAGCGGGCGCAAUGUCUUAUCGAUCAAUAUGCACGCUACACUGUUGCGGAAGUUGGUAUGCAGAUAGACGGCAUUAAUACGCAGGGGGAGAAUAUCGCGGACAACGGCGGCAUCAAGCAAGCGUUCCGAGCGUACGAGAAGUGGCUGCGAUUGAACGAGGAGGAGGACGAGACCUUGCCCGGGAUGAGUGCGACGGGCAAGCAAUUGUUUUUCCUGAAUUUCGCUCAGGUCUGGUGCGGCUCCAUGCGUCCCGAAGCGACGAGAAACAAGCUGAAAACGGCGGUACACUCGCCCGGUAAGUUCCGAGUGAUCGGCACGCUCUCCAAUUCGAAGGAUUUCGCCCAAGUAUUCAACUGUCCUCCCGGUUCGCCCAUGAAUCCCGUGAACAAAUGCUCGGUGUGGUAAUGUCGAACGUACAACAGCCCGCAGGAUUUAUCCCGAUUACGAUAUGGAGCUCGUAAAAGCGGAUCACUUAGUACGCUUUUUGCUUAAGAUUUCUGGCGGCUUCUAAGUGUAUAAAAUAGCGGCUGAUAUUGCGAUCCCCCACGCGUUCACGUCGCGCUUUGUAUAUUAUUUUAUAAAUAUAUGUAUAACGUAGAGCCACUAGUAAGAGAGAGAAAGAGAGAGAGAGAGAGAAUGAGUUUGUAAGAUUGUAUCGUUUUUUACAGAAUAUUAGAUAAAGUAAAUUACAACGCA